AUGUUGAUCCCACCAGAGGAACUCCGCAAGAAGGGCUGGGAAGUCACAACAGUCGGUGAUGAUAUCGCAUGGAUCAAGCCAAACAAGGAUGGUGAACUCCGCGCUAUCAACCCAGAAAACGGUUUCUUCGGUGUUGCCCCAGGCACAGCCAUGAGCACAAAUCCAAACGCUCUUCUCUCCUGCGCUCGUAACACAAUCUUCACAAACGUCGCUCUUACAGACGAUGGCGACAUCUGGUGGGAGGGCAUGACAGAGGAGAAGCCUGCUCACCUUAUCGACUGGCAGAACAAGGACUGGACACCAGACUGCGGCCGUGUCUCAUCACAUCCAAACUCCCGCUUCGCUGCUCCAGCUGCUAACUGCCCAUGCAUUGACCCAGAAUGGGAGAACCCAGCCGGUGUUCCAGUCUCCAUCUUCGUCUAUGGUGGCCGCCGCAUGAACGAUAUCCCACUCGUCUUCCAGGCCACAUCAUGGGCUCACGGUGUUUACCUUGGUGCUACAGUCGGCUCUGAACAGACAGCCGCUGCUGAAGGCCAGGUUGGCGCCCUCCGCCGCGAUCCAUUCGCUAUGCUCCCAUUCUGCGGCUACCACAUGGGUGACUACUUCAAGCACUACCUCGAGAUGGCCAAGCUCGCCAAGACACCACUUGUCUUCCACGUCAACUGGUUCCGCAAGUCCCCAGCUGGCAAGUUCCUUUGGCCAGGCUUCGGCCAGAACGCUCGUGUCUUUGGCUGGAUGGUCAACAGACCCUACGGCAAGGCCCCAGAGCACAUCUCUCCACUCGGCUACGUUCCAGAGUACGAGGAUAUCGAUUGGGAAGGCCUCAACUUCACAAAGGAACAGUUCGAGGAAGUUAUGCACCAGGAUAAGGAGAAGAUCAAGGCCCAGGUUGCUGCUAACGAUGACUACCUCAUCAACAAGAUCGGCCACGUUUCCCAGGAACUCCUCGAGGUUUCCAAGGAAAUCCUUAAGCGCUGCGAGUAA